UCAUAUGUCUCCGCAAGACCGGACGUACGAGGAAAUGGAGCUGGGAGGAGUAUAAGAGGAGCGCUGGAAAUCUGCAGUCGGUAAACUUCGCCCCCUCCCUUGACCCAGCACAACGUCGUAUGUCCACAACCUUGAAACGUGGAGAUGGCUGGAUCAUGGUUGGGCCGCGGUGUUGACUGGGACUGGGUGGACUCUGUCAAUGGCUUCUGGUCAGUGCUGUUGUUGGCCAGCUGCGCACUCGGUGCAUUCGUCGUCAGGUUCGUCAACCCCAUCAACUGCUUGUCUAAUCAAAACAAGGAGUAUGGCGAGGAUGUUUGCUUCACCUCAGAGGACAAAUUGUUCGUCGAGGGGAUGAAUCCCGACAUGCACAAGCUGGUGUCGUAUCACCUCUGGGUACCCCUGAUCCUGCUAGUCCAGGCCCUUUGCUUCAAGAUUCCUGGUGCCAUAUGGAGUGCUUCCAGGGGAGUGUUUUCAAUCAACAUUAACGAGACGGUGGCCUGUCUGGAGAAGGUUCAACUAGCCAAGGAAGAGGUUCGCCGAUCAACACUCAGAGACACUGCGGUAGUCUACAGCAGCAUCCUCAGAAGCAACAGGUUCAUCCAAGGCGUGUUCUACAUCUUUGUCAAGGGACUAUCCCUAGUCAACCUUGUCGGACAAUUCGUAUUUCUCACUGUAUAUUUUAGUCCCGUGUUAUCGUUUAAGCCGAGACCUCCUGACGUAUUCACUUCGGUAAAUCCCUUUCUUUCAAGAAGCGUUCGCUGUAGAUACACGGUCCCUAGAGUACAGAACACCAUCAUACUGGAAACAGAAUGCAGGCUGCAAAUCAACGAAAUCUAUGAAAAGAUGUUUGUCUUCCUGUGGUUCUGGGUCUCAUUCCUCGCGGUUCUCACGUCCAUCAAUCUCCUUGUGUGGCUCGCCUAUCUCUUCCUGUCGUUCUUCAGAAACAGCAGGAUCUCUGUCCACAUCGCUGCCUUCACUGGAUGUCACCCAAAAGACCCCGCUAUAUCACGCUUCAUCAGCAGCUUCCUUGGACUUGACGGUGUUCUGAUGCUGACGUUGAUCUCCCGGAACUCCAGCGAGGUGGUAGCGGCUGGACUUGCUCACAGUCUCUUCCGGGUAUUUCGGGAGCAGGACCAGGGGUUCUGUGUCCAAGGUGGUCUGUCUGGACCAAGUCCCAACCACCCAGGUGGGGUCUCACUCACGGCAUCUCCCGGGGCAACCAGUUCAGUCCCGGCAUCUGGUACCAUCGUAUACUCUGAGGGCAUUCCCAUGACUACACUGAGCCCGUGCACCGAUACACGUCCUGAGAAACCGCUUCUACUAGAAAAUGGUGAAAACGGACACUAAACAUUAAAAAACAGAAGCAUAAGGUGUUUAGUGUGCAUAAAAAACGGGGUGACAUAAUUUCUUAUGAAUAUCUUUUACGACCAUUUUUGGUUAAAGAAUACCUUUCUUGUUUCUGGAACCAAGGGAGUAUUAACUGCUCAAUGCAUCACUAAUAAACAGCCGGGUAUGGGGGAGUAUACGCCCAUGUUGGAUGGUGGCUAACAA